CUCUCUUCCUCUUUUUUUCCUUUCCCAAUCUUGCAUCUUUCCUCUCUACUCCUUUCCCUCUCCCGCCUCUUUCUCCCUCCUACAAUUCUCCCUUUUGUGAUAAACCCUCCUUCCCUUGCGCGAAACUCUGCCUGAACCCCACCAACCAGCAGUGCUGCAAUUCUUUUGACAACUCAAACACACAUUUUUGUUGGGACACAAAACAUGGCCGACGGCAGUGUUAUGCCCCCCAAGUCCUCCGUGGUGGUCGAGGCCCACGAAGUCGACACCUUCCAUGUCCCCGAAGCAUUCCACCAGAAGCACCCGACAGGUACCCACCUGAAAGACCUUGACGAGUACCGGAAGCUGUAUGAGGAGUCCAUCCGCAGCCCAGACACUUUCUGGGCUCGUAUGGCCCGCGAAUUGCUUCACUUCGACCAAGACUUCCAGACCACCCACAGUGGGUCGUUGGAAAAUGGCGACAAUGCCUGGUUCGUUGAGGGUCGUCUGAACGCCUCUUACAACUGUGUCGAUCGCCAUGCCUUCAAGAACCCCGACAAGGUGGCCAUCAUCUACGAGGCUGAUGAGCCCAGCGAGGGCCGCACAAUCACCUACGGUGAACUCCUGCGCGAGGUGUCUCGUGUUGCCUGGGUUCUCCGCCAGCAGGGUGUGAAGAAGGGUGACACCGUUGCUAUCUACCUUCCCAUGAUUCCCGAAGCCAUUGUCGCUUUCUUGGCUUGCUCUCGUAUCGGUGCCGUCCACUCCGUUGUUUUCGCCGGUUUCUCCUCCGACUCUCUCCGGGACCGUGUCCUGGACGCUGGCUCCAAGGUCGUCAUCACGACCGAUGAGGGCAAGCGUGGAGGAAAGGUCAUUGGCACCAAGCGCAUUGUCGAUGAGGCUCUGAAGCAGUGCCCCGAUGUCACCAGCGUCCUGGUCUACAAGCGCACCGGCGCGGAGGUUCCCUGGACCAAGGGCCGUGAUGUCUGGUGGCACGAGGAGGUCGAGAAGUACCCCAACUACCUUGCUCCUGAGCCGGUGAACUCGGAAGAUCCUCUCUUCUUGCUCUACACCUCCGGAUCCACCGGAAAGCCCAAGGGUGUCAUGCACACCACGGCUGGUUACCUCCUGGGUGCUGCCAUGACCGGCAAGUAUGUCUUUGAUAUUCACGACGAUGACCGCUACUUCUGCGGUGGUGACGUUGGCUGGAUUACCGGCCACACGUACGUCGUGUAUGCGCCCUUGCUGCUCGGAUGCGCUACCGUGGUCUUCGAGAGUACCCCGGCUUACCCCAACUUCUCCCGCUACUGGGACGUGAUCGAGAAGCACAAGGUGACCCAAUUCUACGUCGCACCCACCGCCCUGCGACUUCUGAAGCGGGCUGGUGACGAGCACAUUCACCACAAGAUGGCACACCUGCGUGUCCUGGGCUCUGUCGGUGAGCCUAUCGCUGCCGAGGUCUGGAAAUGGUACUUCGAGGUGGUCGGAAAGGAGGAAGCCCACAUCUGCGAUACCUACUGGCAGACUGAGACGGGUUCGAAUGUUAUCACUCCUCUGGGUGGUAUCACCCCGACGAAACCCGGAAGCGCGUCGCUUCCCUUCUUUGGUAUUGAGCCCGCCAUCAUUGACCCGGUCUCUGGUGAAGAGAUCACUGGCAACGAUGUGGAGGGUGUGCUUGCCUUCAAGCAACCCUGGCCGAGCAUGGCCCGUACCGUGUGGGGCGCCCACAAGCGCUACAUGGAUACCUACCUGAACGUUUACAAGGGCUACUACUUCACUGGAGAUGGUGCCGGCCGUGAUCACGACGGAUACUACUGGAUCCGGGGUCGUGUUGACGAUGUGGUUAACGUUUCUGGACACCGUCUGUCCACGGCUGAGAUUGAAGCCGCCCUCAUUGAGCACCACAUGGUGGCUGAAGCUGCCGUUGUUGGUAUCGCCGACGAGCUUACCGGUCAGGCCGUCAACGCUUUCGUGGCCCUGAAGGAGGGCAACGAGACCAACGACCAGGUCCGCAAGGAUCUGAUCAUGCAGGUCCGUCGGUCCAUUGGACCUUUCGCUGCCCCCAAGGCCGUCUACGUUGUCGAGGAUCUCCCUAAGACCCGUAGCGGUAAGAUCAUGCGCCGUAUUCUCCGGAAGAUCCUGAGCGGCGAGGAGGACAGCCUGGGUGACACUUCUACUCUGUCGGACCCUUCGGUUGUUGACAAGAUCAUUGCCACGGUGCACGCUUCCCGCGGCAAAUAAGAUCUUCGCAUGACCCGAAUUCAAGACGAGCAAUAUUCACAGCCAUGAAAUGAAAGCGAUUAAUCAGGAUGUUAUGAUGAGUUGAUUAGCAUUAUUGGGUGGACACAAUUGUCCGGAGGCGCAGUCAUAUUCCUAUAAACCCCGUUUAGUGAUUCCCAACGUGUUUGACAGAUGAACAUUCAGGGUGAUCGCUGGUCACCGUUUCAAUAUACAUAACUUCUUUUCUUCAUAUGAACGUUUUUUGUUGUCCAAUGUAGCUUGGGGUGUGCCUUCACGUGACAGCACUUGUCGGGGUCUCUUUUCUCUAUUACUACUUAGUAGGUAGUCUACUAGUAGUUGAUGGGAACGUCCAGGG